AUGUGGUAUAUUAUAAAUACAAAGCAACUAAUUUUAUAUAAAAAUAAAAAUAGAUUAGUAAAAAUUAUUUUGUCACCCAAUCGUUUAAAACUUGAACCCGAAAAUUUACCAAUUUUGUUGACAGAAUCGGUUAAUAACACAACACAAUCAAGACAGAGGAUAUGUCAACUCUCUUUUGAAACGUUUAAUUUUUCACAUUUUUGUCUAAUUUCGCAACCAGUCUUAUCUUUUUUGUCGACUGGAAAGAGCACUGGUUUUUGUGUUGAAUCUGGUCAUGGAGUUACUCAAUUUGUGCCUGUUUAUGAAGGUUCAAAGGUGCAAGUUGGUGUGUAUCGUUUAGAACUUGCUGGACAAGAUGUAAACGACUCACUUGAGAAAUUUGCAAACGCAAAAGGAUUCACCUUCAAAGAUUACUUAGAAAAGGAAACUUUGGCUGAUUUGAAAGAAAAACUUUGUCAUGUUGCUCAGAACUAUGAAGAAGAAAAGAAAAAAGACGCAAACGAACUGGAAAAAACUUUCAAACUUCCAGAUGGAAAAGAAAUCAAACUUGGUGCCGAGAGAUUUGAAUGUACUGAACAAUUGUUUGAACCAGAAACAUGUGGAAAGGAAAUAGAUGGUAUUAUUGAUCGAGCUUAUGAUAGGCUCAUGCACGUUGAUCCAGAUGUGAGAAAUGAAUUAUAUGGUAAUAUUGUGUUAGCUGGCGGAAACACAAUGAUGCCUGGCUUUGUGGAGAGAUUUAAAACCCAAUUUACUAAAUUGGCACCUGUAUCUGCAAAAGAUUGGAUUUUACUGCACCAGAAAAUAGAGAUCUUGCUGCUUGGAGAGGAGGCGCCAUAUUUGCUAGUUUGUCAACUUUUGAAUCAGCUUGUGUGUCAAAAGAUGGUUAUAAUGAAUGUGGUCCAAGUAUCAUUAACAGAGUUUGCCCUUAAACUCACUCUCAUUUUUAAUAUUUUGGUGUUACAUUCAAACAUUUAA